AUGAACUUCCCCGACGAGUGGCAAGACUAUCAAGCGAAUGGCGGACCAAGUGCUGUGCCUGGUGCCUGGAGCAGCAGCCUCAGCAAUCCUACAGACCAGAACGAUAAUUCGUUACGAGACAGAAGACAUAACCAGCCUCGGUCUACGCCAACCACCACCAUGAUUCCUGAAUACACUUAUCCUACAAUCAUGCCCGAGCCUCGAAGUCAGCUUCUGGACAGUGGCACAGUCCUUCAAAAUGGAAACCAAGACCAGGAGCAGAGCCAGAACGUACCAGAAUGCGAUCUCUAUGACCCUCUUGAAUUUCCGUUGCCAGUUCCAGCUCCCAUGUCACGUUGGACUGGAUCUGCAUUCAAUAAGUCCAACAGCGACCUAUACGGAAACCGUAUACCGCGUCUCAUGCCAGACGACGAGAUUGAAGACGCUCGCAAUUUUGAGCGCUAUCGUCUUCAUUCCAUUGGCUUCGAGCUUCGCGAGGGAGAUGUCCUUGUUUUCAUCGACUACCCUACCUAUCGCACAGACGCAAUCAGCUAUGCAGACUGCAAUGGUAUUACUUACAAGUCGCAACAAUUCCGUGUCUACUCCGAAAAGCUCCUCGAGACUAAAUCUUCUGUAUUCGACGAGAUGCUCCGAGGUACAUACCAGUAUAAGAUCCAGAGGCGACGUAAGAUGGUGAACAAGAUGCCUGAAGGAAUUAAGUAUCUGAUUGAUCUCACACCACCUUCGGAAGGGGACGACCUGGUAUUCCAAAUGACUGAGCUAUCUUUGACCCCUGCCCUUAUCAAGUGGUGGAGGUCAUACAUUGAGAAUGACACAGACAUGUGUUUGGUAUCCGGCCAUGACGAUGUCUGCAUGUGCAGUAGAACAAAGCUUUUCGAGACUGACGAAGACAUGGAGGAAGACCCUGACCCUGAGCAAGGAAACACAGGAAACUCUGGAAACGCGAAUAGCGGGAGGAAUGGAGUGAAAAGGACCCGAAAAAAACCACCGCCUGCCACUCAGGUCGAGGUCGCCCUGGAGAUGAAGGCCCAAAACGAAAACGAGUUCUAUGCGACGCCUGCGUACCGUAAUAUCCCAGAUUACUGUCCCGUCCGCCACAGGAAUGGGAUCAUCAGGCUGCUUAUGCUCAUCGAAGGCAAAGGAGCCAUCCUCGACUCAGCGCCUCGCAUGUGGACUCUGGUCAAACUUGGCAACAUCUUCGACUGUAGUUCUCUCCUUCGUGAUCGAGUCCACCAGUGGAUCUUGCAUGGCACGAAUACCACUUUCAUUGAAGUGGCACCCGAAGAGGCUUUGCAAAUAGCAUUUUCACUUCAAAUACCCGAGGUUGCUGAGUGUGCUUUCAGAAUCCUCGUCAACGAACUCGCUCUCAAAUUGGCCGAUGAUAGGAAACGCGAGUACUGCAAUCAGACAACGAUAUUUGGUCGAAGACUAGGAAAUCUCCCUGAUGAGCUCAGUAAUACCGUGCAGCAUGCAGCUCAGGCAUAUGUUGCGAGGAUUUCUGAUAUCGACAAAAUGAUGCGUAACAACCGUCUAUUCGAUUUCUGGGACAUCGAUGAAUGGAGUGGGCUGCGAAUCAUUGAGCAGCUUCUUGAACAAGAGAACUCACGACUGGCGAGCGAUGCACUUGACGCUAUCGGUCUCCUUAUGGAUGCACUGGUCGCCGAGGUCACGGAGCCGUGGGACCAUAUCAUGUCGAAUCCUCCGACUUACAACCAUUUGACGUACCAGACUAUAGAUCAAGAUCGGUUGACAUACAUGGACCUGCAGGACUUUGAGAUGACGUCUGUUGUAAUGCAAAAGUUCAACCGAAUUCAGAUGGCACUCUGUGCUGCAACAUACAACGAAAUAGGUGUGAUGAUGGACGCCCGACGAUGGAAUUCCGAUCGAUGCAGACUGCGCAAUCACGAGUUCAAAACAUUCAAGUUUCUGGCACAAAAAGCAACAGACGCACUUGCGAUUUUUCUCGCCCAUAAUCAGAGACUCAAGGACGAUCCGCUCUGGGCGCGUACCCUUGGUCUCAAAGACUACGAGUACCCAACAGAGGUCUCCAUUUCUCGAUUCAAAAGACCUAUUGUGUCUCUCAACCACCUCGAGGCUGCAGUCAAGGAUCUAAUUCGCCCAAUAACACUCUCGUGGCAACGCAACUUUGAACCGUCCCUGAAUCUCACCAGACAUCUUCUACUCAAUUUGACCGACAAUGAACUCAAAUACCUUCCACUGUGGUGUGGAGGAUGCGAUGAUGGCACGGGAGGUGUUUUUGAAGACCCUAUCCCUUCAACUGAUAUGGGACCUAAAGGGCCAGGACCGAGCUUUCACACGGGACAAACAAUUCCUUCGGCGCCUGCAAGUGUCAGUGGUUCCAUGAUUGAAGACAUGGAUGCGCUGCGGGUUUGGGGCAGCUCGACAGGUGCUUCGAUGAAUGUUCAGGAUAGCAUCUCGACAGUCUAUCGACCCGACCACGUCAUUGCUGAAGAUGAAUCCAUAGCCUCGGAAUCAUUCACUAUCGGUGGAUCCGAGUACUCAGACGCCAGAUUCGCCCAGCCAGCAGACCACCAAGGCAUGGGCGAGGCAAUCGAUAUGCAAGUCGAGACGUUCGAUCAAUUGACAGACUCUGGGACGAGAUCUGUUACUCAAGGUAGAAGCACAAACAACGACAGUGACGGUGACAAUGACCUGUAUAUGUGGGACGAUGAUGGAGAUAGUGAUGACAGUUCGGAUACAAUCUUUUAA